GAGUUCCAAACAAACCCUGAAUAAAACCGAAUCGACCCUAAAAGACUAGUAGUACUAUAAUCGACCAGAAUUGGAAACCCCAACUCCCCAUAAUCGAAUGCGCUCAGCAACGACAAAGAACAGUUUAUCGAAGCUUGUUGAGGUCUUAUUCAACCAUGAUUUACACGGCAAUCGACACCUUCUACCUAACUGACGAGCAGCUGCAGGAUUCACCUUCAAGGAAAGAUGGCAUAGACGAAACAACCGAGACAACCCUCAGGAUUUACGGUUGCGACCUCAUCCAGGAAAGCGGCAUUUUACUAAGACUACCUCAAGCUGUAAUGGCAACUGGUCAGGUUCUGUUUCAUCGCUUUUACUGCAAGAAAUCAUUUGUUCGCUUUAAUGUGAAGAGAGUUGCUGCUAGUUGUGUUUGGCUUGCAUCAAAGCUUGAGGAAAGUCCUAGAAAAGCAAGACAGGUACUCAUUGUUUUCCACAGAAUGGAGUGUAGGAGGGAGAACUUACUCGUAGAGCAUUUGGACCCGUUUUCCAAGAAAUAUGCAGAGUUGAAGAUGGACCUGAAUAGAACAGAGAGGCAUCUAUUGAAGGAGAUGGGUUUCAUCUGCCAUGUUGAACAUCCUCAUAAAUUUAUAUCAAACUAUCUUGCAGUCCUAGAGACACCCCCAGAACUGAGACAAGAAGCUUGGAAUCUUGCAAACGACAGUUUGCGCACGACAUUAUGUGUGCGGUUCAAGAGUGAAGUUGUGGCCUGUGGGGUUGUAUAUGCUGCUGCCAGGAGAUUCCAAGUGCCACUCCCUGAGAAUCCUCCAUGGUGGAAGGCUUUUGAUGCAGACAAAUCUGGUAUUAAUGAAGUUUGCAGAGUUCUGGCCCAUCUAUAUAGCCUUCCUAAGGCUAAAUACAUACCUGUCUGUAAGGAUGGGGAAUCAUUUACGACAUCUAAUAAAUCAUGGGAUUCGCCAUCUCAGCCAGUUCCAAAGGAAGGUUCGCUGAGUGACCCACCUGCAAAUACUGAUGCCGGUACUCCCAAGACAGCUCUGGCUACAACUAAUCUGGAAUCUGGUGGGUCCAAGGGUGCAAUUAUAAAAGCGGCACUUGACAAGUUGAAAGCGUCUAAGAAGAGUGGCGAUGAUUCUGAAAGUGUGCCCAUUGGGGGAGAGGCAAGAGAAGAGCCUGUGCCGAAAUCAAAGUCUGAGCAUAGGACAGAAGCAAGUGGGGAGCGGAACAAGGAGAGGGAUAGGGAAAAGGAAAGGGACAGAGACAGGGAGAGGGAAAAGGAGAGACUAAAGGUCAGGGAACGUGAUAGAGGAAGGGAUUCUGAUAGGGAACGAGAGCGAGAUGAUUCCGAAAGGGACAGAGACAAAGUCAAGGAAAGAGGUUACCGCUCCAAGGACAAAGGAAAGGACUCAGGAGGGCAUUCAGACAAAUCAAAGCAUCAUUCAUCUCGAGCUUCUGCAGAUCGCGACUACCAUGGUUCCUCUUAUUCAAGGGAGAAGGAUCGUCACAGACAUCAUUAAUAAGCUUGAAACCUGAUUUCGAGGUGUGCCUCUUUACUGUUUCAUAAUGCUGUUGUAUAUGAUGUAGCUUGCCGAAGUUGUAAGUCCAUUUUAAUGGAAAUUGAGCAUUGGGAACUUCUGUUGAGUAACAAGUCAUUCUGUUAAAGCUUGAAACCUGGUUUUAUUUGAGUAAUUUUGUUUUGGCA